AUGUUAACAAGUAUCAUCUUCUUUGUUUUUUCAUUACCAUUUUUCGUCUUCGGAUGUGGUAUUAUAACACAUAUCGAAGUGUCACAUCGUGCACAAGAUCUUUGGUUACAUCAACCUAUCUAUCGAAAUUAUACUCUUCAACAUCAAGAUGCAUUACAAGGUGGAUCUCCAUAUCCUGAUGUUAUGUAUGAUGGUGUAUGUUAUCGUGGUACUUUACAUCAAGUUGCUGAAGAUACACAUUGGUAUCCAUUCAUGAAGAUUGCUAUUGAAUAUAUGCGUGAUCGAUAUCCACCACCUUUACAAGCAGAUAAUAUACAAGGACAAAAAUUUCUUGCAUUUCUUCUUGGUGUAGCAUCUCAUCAAAUAGCUGAUGUUGUAUGGCAUGGUAGUUUAACAGGUUGUCCAAAUGGAUUUAUUGAUGCAACAGCAUGGGAAAGUUUUAAUGGAGAUGAAGAAAUGGCACAUUCAAGUGUUGAUCCAGGUGGUGAUAGUGUUAUUGAUUAUGAAUUACCUAUUGCUUAUAUCGGUUUAACUAAUAAAUGGUAUGUGCCAAGUAUUGAAUUACAAGAACUUUAUAAAAGAUAUGCUAUUGAAUAUGAUUCACCAUUAGAAACAAAUGCAACUGCUGAACGUGUUCAAGUAUGUUCUGAUUUAAUGUUCGUUGGACGAUUUGCUGAUGCUUUAUUUCUUGGUUUUGAAUAUCCAAAAUAUUCUUAUAAUAAUACAUUUUUACUUGAUCAUCUUUAUGAAUAUUAUCAUGGAGGUUUAUUAAAUAUGGCUCAUCAAACAGUUCGAUAUUGGGAUCAAAUCAUAGCUAUGUAUGAAAAAGGUACUGAUAUAUGUCAAAUACCAAGUAAUAAUCCAUAUUAUUUAAAUUGUUCAAUACCUCAUUCAAUUAUAUAUGAACAAGAACAACAAUCAAUAACAUAUAUUCGUUCAAAACCAUCAAAUUAUCUUCCAUUUUCUAGUCAUUCUUAUUCAUCAUUACCAACAUUACAAUAUAAUGAAAUUCAUACAGGUCUCAUAUCAAAUCAAAGUUAUGCAUCAUUCGGUUAUACAACACUUUUUGGUGAUUUUAAUAAUGAUAAUUUAAUUGAUCUUGUUAUAUCUGCACCUGAUUAUUAUAAUUUUGGUUGUUCACAAGGUGGUCGUGUUUUUAUUAUUUAUGGAAAAGAAGACCAACCUCCUAUUCCAGAAGGUAAUAUCAGUAUUAUUGAACAAAUAGCUGAUCAAACAUUAAUAUCACCUGAUUGUGAUGGUGAUCGAUUUGGUACGGGAUUAGCUACUCUUGAUUGGAAUAAUGAUGGUUUUAAUGAUCUUGUUAUUAGUAGUCCAUCACAUGGAUAUGGUUAUCGUGGUGCUAUAUUUAUUUUUGCUGGUAGUAAAGAUGGUCUUCAAAUAAAACCAUUUAUACGUAUUGAUGGUGUUAAUGAACAUGAUACUAUUGGAUUUGAAUUACAUACAGGACAUCUUGAUAAUGAUAAAUUAUUAGAUUUAAUUAUUACAAGUCCUUAUGCACAACCACAUGGUUAUGAUCAACCACAACAAGGAGCUGUUUGGAUUUUUCUUAGUUCAGAUUCUAUAAAUAAACAACAUAGAUCUGAUCGUCAAUUAACAAUUAAUAAUGCAUCAUUUACAAUCUAUGGUGAAAAUGCAAAAUCAAAAUUUGGUUAUUCACUUCAAAUAAUUCCUUCAUCAUGUAUUAGUCACAUAACAUCAUCUCCAGUUCUUUUAAUUAGUGCACCAGCUAAUCAAGGAAAAUUAUAUAUGUAUGCUAUUGAAUCUCAACCUCGUCUUAUAUUAACAUUAGAACAUUUACAAAAUAAUGCACAUUUUGGACAAAGUUUUUCUAUUCAAAAUGAUAAAUGUUGGUUAGCAGUUGGUUCACCAACACAAUCAAAUGAUUGGUAUGGUUCUAUAGAUAUUAUUCCAUUGAUAAAUCUUUUCAAUCAACAAAAAUUUCAUCUUGAUUUCAAUGAUAUUCCAAUACUUAUUUCUAUUCAUGGUAAUCGAAUAUUUGAACGUCUUGGUACUAAUAUUCAAUGGACAUCAGAAGGUGAUUUAGUUUUGUCUAUAUUGUACCUGCUAAUCGUAUUCCAACUCGACCUGAUCCAAAAAUUCACUAUAUUGAUAAAAUGA